AGACAAGUGUGCAAAUCGAGCGUCAAAAGCAGUCGAAAGGAAAAGAAGGGAAAGAUCGUCCGGUUGAAACAAAAUGGAAAAGACGGGCGAAAAAGACUGAUGAAAGAUCCAAUUGCCGAAUGUCUAGAGCGAUUGUCGAGUUCGCGCCCGGUCAAGUGCACGAGAAUACAAAUAUACAUAUACAACAGAUGACGGGCGCGGAAUUAGGAACGUGCGAACGGGGGCACCGUGGGGCACCGCAUGAGAACCCGCCCAGCGUCGUGCUGCCGCACAGCAAUGCACCGACAAACUAAAUAAUCGACGUCAAAAGAGCUGUCAAAUAUGGCGAGGGGCAGCGAGAGAGAGCGGUAAUUGACAUGUAAAAAUGUGAAUGGCCCCGCCGCGGCCCGCACUGUGAUCUGCGCUUCGAUCGGGUGGGUGGGUCGCGCGCUCGUGGCCGACGCUCGCGGUGUCUCGCGUUCACGGUGGAUCGGGCCUAUCGCGAACGACGACGACCAACGACGACGACGACGACGACGAUCGACAACGAUGUCGGGCCCGUCGCCGGCGCCUGUCGAGUGCCGGAAGUGAAGUGGCACUCGCACGGCGAGGGUGGCCGGACCAGGAGCCGGACAGUCGCGACUGUGGGCUCCGCACGGCAGAGCCGGGUGGUCGGUGGCUACCGCCGGAGGAAGGGCAUGAUACGACGGUAAUCGGCGGUCAACGCUAUGGGCGCCCAGCAGACCAAGGACAGGGUGAUCCCCGUCGGAUCCACCGUACGGCAGACACGCAAGCAGCCCAGGAACCUGAAGGACACGCGCGUCAUAGGCUCUAACAUAUUCACCGAGCACAGCGAGGCACUUUUGCAAAGUAGACCUCUACCUCACAUUCCAGCAUUGCCAGAAGGUGAUCCUCCAACUGGUUCUAGUGUUCAAUCAAUUUCACAACAAGCUAAUGUUCAACAGCAUGGUGUGUCCGCUAGCGGACUUCUGGAAGCAGCAAAUAGAUGGACUAGCAAAGAAAAUCUCUUAGCACAGGAGGAAGAUGAUCCUCAAUUAUUUGUCGCCUUGUAUGAUUUUCAAGCUGGUGGGGAGAAUCAACUUAGUCUGAAAAAGGGUGAACAAGUACGUAUCCUAAGUUACAAUAAAAGUGGAGAAUGGUGUGAGGCGCAUUCAAGCACUGGGCAAGUAGGAUGGGUACCGUCGAAUUAUGUAACUCCUGUAAACUCCUUGGAGAAACACUCUUGGUAUCAUGGGAGGAUAUCUAGGAAUGCGGCGGAAUAUCUGCUGAGUUCAGGGAUAAACGGUAGUUUUCUCGUUCGGGAAUCGGAGAGCAGUCCCGGACAACGUAGCAUCUCUUUAAGAUACGAGGGUCGAGUGUAUCACUAUAGGAUCAAUGAAGACAGCGAAGGGAAGAUGUUUGUUACAACGGAGAGCAAGUUUAACACGCUGGCUGAGCUAGUGCAUCAUCAUUCAAUGCUUGCCGACGGCCUUAUAACGCAACUGCUGUAUCCUGCACCAAAGCAUAAUAAGCCUACUGUUUUUCCGUUGAGUCCAGAGCCGGACGAAUGGGAAAUUAAUAGGACGGACAUAGUAAUGAGGCAUAAAUUAGGAGGUGGCCAAUACGGCGACGUAUACGAAGCAGUCUGGAAGAGAUACAACAUGACUGUGGCGGUUAAAACGCUUAAGGAGGAUACGAUGGCGCUGAAGGAUUUUCUGGAGGAAGCGGCCAUCAUGAAGGAGAUGAAACACAGGAAUUUGGUACAAUUAUUGGGAGUUUGUACUCGCGAGCCGCCGUUCUACAUCAUCACGGAAUUCAUGAGUAAGGGAAAUCUUCUGGAUUAUCUGCGGAAUGAGAGUAAACAUCAGAUCAACGCCGUGGUUCUAAUGCACAUGGCCACGCAGAUCGCAAGCGGCAUGAGUUAUUUAGAAAGUAGAAAUUUUAUCCAUCGCGACUUGGCAGCCAGAAAUUGUCUGGUCGGUGAGAAUCAUCUCGUCAAAGUCGCGGAUUUUGGUCUAGCCCGUCUUAUGAGAGACGACACAUAUACAGCUCAUGCUGGAGCGAAAUUUCCCAUAAAAUGGACUGCACCUGAAGGUUUAGCAUACAAUAAAUUCUCUACAAAGUCUGACGUGUGGGCAUUUGGCAUUUUGCUUUGGGAGAUUGCCACUUAUGGGAUGUCGCCUUAUCCUGGUGUCGACCUAACGGAUGUUUAUCACAUGCUAGAAAAGGGCUAUCGAAUGGAGUGUCCUCCCGGUUGCCCGUCAAAAGUCUAUGAUCUAAUGCGUCAAUGCUGGCAAUGGUCAGCGUCAGAUCGGCCAACUUUUAAGGAAAUACACCACUCAUUAGAAAAUAUGUUUCAAGAAUCAAGUAUCACCGAAGAGGUAGAGAAGCAGCUUCACGGUGGAGGGGAAAUUCCAUUGUUAACAUACAAAAAAUCACAGACUGGAAGUACAGGAAAUAUACAUGGACUUGUUCUUGUAUCUGAGCAAUUAUCUUCUUCCGGCAUUACGCAAGAAGGAACGAGUUCAGUCACUAAGCUGAGUACUUUUAUGGGUGGCUUGUCAAGUAGGAGUAAUAGUAACAUGGUUCAAAUGCGAAGAUCUACCAAUAAAAAAGGAAAGCAAGCACCGGCGCCUCCCAAGCGAACAAGUUUGCUAUCAUCAUGCAGUUCUUUUCGAGAUUCCGCUUAUCAAGAACAAGACCAGCAAAAUGUCGAAGUGAGCACUAUGACGCUUGAUGAUGGCACAGAUCUAAAUGGUAUCACACGUGAUCUCGUGACAAUGGCUACACAGUCAAUUACUACAGGAGGUUGCGAUAUGGACGACGACGGAGAUGGGUCGCAAGGGACAGCAGAACAUAACUUUGUUCCUCAACCGUCAACCUCGCCGGAACCAGUAUCCAACUUACCGUGCAAUCAGAAACAAAUUAAAUCUCGACCUUACACGUCUAAGGAAGUACUGCCUCAGAAGCUGGUACACGUGGGUGCGCUGGAGGUGCAAAAUGUUAAGAGGGCUAUUAAUCGCUACGGCACUCUGCCAAAAGGAGCCAGAAUCGGGGCAUACUUGGAGUCCUUACGACAGAGCGGCAUGCCACCAAAUCAGGAGAACGUCACUGCGUCUUCUCUGUCCAACGCGAUCAUAGAACAGCAGCAGCAAGACAUCAUCACUACGAGCACCGUCAUCGACGCGAUUCCGCAGCAUCGUUCCCUCUCACCUCGCCAGAACAAUCUACGCAGUCAACCGCAGAUGACACGCAGCAACUCUUCAAGUGGAGUGGUGAAUACCUAUCAGCCGCCGAACUCACCGCGCAGCCGUGCCGUGGGUAUCCGGAAGACCAACACGGAGGGGAUCGGCUUGCGAACUUUCCGUGCGCCGAAUAAUUCCAGCUUUCGCACCGCCAGCCCGUCAAGAUCAGUCCAACCGACUCUGGCCGAUUUAGAGUUCCCGCCACCACCGGUGGACCUACCGCCCCCUCCGGAUGAAGUCUUCGGUGAUCAUUGUGAACUGCCGCCACCCGUGAUAAUGGCGUCACCUUGCAUCGAGACCUCUUCUCACACGAAGAUCGCAAGCUCGCCGGUCGGUCUUAGAAAGGUAAAAGCGGAAUGGCGAAGCAAAGACGAGAUCAGUGAUUAUGACCAGGACGAUAGAAAUAACGAUGUGAGGAACGUGGAACCAUCGGUAAAGGAGGCUAGCUCGCGAUUCGGCGUGAAUCUGCGACGUCGGGAAACGACUACCAGCGACGCGCACUGCGGCGGCAGCGGUGGCGGCGGCAUUGGUAAAUCCGCAGACGAGAAGAAGUUGGUUUACAGGCCAAAGGAGACAGUGAGCAGCGGCGCGAUCAAAGCUGAAUCGUUGGAGGCGACGAUCGCGGCACCCGAGGAAGCGCCACCGCCGCCCCCACCGCCGCCGCCGCCCAUCGACAGCGCCGUAAGCGGUGCCGGUACCAACGACACCUUCGAGUCUAAACCCGGCAUGAAGGAGAUGCUGGAGCUCAAGCUGAUCAACGAGAUCAAGCAGAGUGCGGACAUGAAGCACGGUGGUACCGGCUCCGCAAGGAAAAUCGGCAGCAUUGCUAGUAGCAACGCGCCAUUGUCGACGGCGCCGCUCGAUCCGGCGUCGCAGCUCCUGUCCGAGUUGUGCGCCAGCUUUAGCAUGGAUUCCGCCAAUAGACAGCAUAUCGUCCCGAGCGAGUAUGCGAUCUCAGUGUUAAAGAACAACGACGUGUCUAGUAUUCAGGAACACGUUCACGCGAAUAUGCAGAGUGCACAGUCCGAGAGGAGCAGCAGUCACAAAGAGAUCCCGUUGACUUCGCCGAUUACGGAGGGCCACAUACUGAGUGCCACUAGCGUAGGUUUCAAAUUGAAGAAAGUAGAUAAGAGAAGUAAUCCACAAAGGGAGGAGAAUCCGGACGGUCAGAUAAUCGAUUUUAAGGCUCGGUUGCGAAAGGUGGACAACGUCGACAAGGAGAAAACAGACGAGAGGAGCAAGUCGUCGCGUUUCGAUGACAGCACGCAGGGGAGCAACGUCGCGGAUUCGGCGGAUUCGUCGUCCGGCGUGGACGACGCGAACGAUGACAAGCGCCGCAGUACCGGCAGUAUUAGUAGCCUAAAGAAAUUGUGGGAGAACAAAGAGGCUUCUUGUGAUAACCAACCACUUAGUCCUAAAUUAAACGUGAGAGGAACGAGUAGCAAGCAAGAUAUCGGCGACGUUGCGACGAGCGAAGACUCGCCAGAGGAUCACAGCGGUGCCUCGACCAGGAGCUCGACCAGCAAAGGCGAUCCGCGAGUGUGGCCUCCGACCUCGUCAUCCUCGGUAAUGUUGGAAAUGGAAAAGCCGAUCGUGCCGGCUAAACCGUUGAAACCGCUCGGACCCUCUAGUAAACACUUCGGUUCCUCAAUAUACGCUACACCAAACUGCAACAAGUUGCAAAGCGAUGACGACGGUGGUAAGCAGACCGGUGGUGAAUCGACGAAAGGGGCGAAGCACAGCGUGAUGGAGAUCUCGAAUGUCAUAGAGAACAGUAUUCUAAAUCUGAAGGGUAGCCCCACUAUCGUCAUGGCCAGUUGGCUGCAGCUCUCCGACAAGGUCGGCUUGUUGCACGGUAUGUGCGUCAAUCUGACGGACACGGCAAUCGCGCCGCACGCGAGAUUCCAGUUCCGUGAUCUGCUCACCCGGCUCGAAUUGCAGGCGAGGCAACUGCGGGCCGCCGGCACGCGCAACAUCACCGAGAACACGAGACUCUUGUGUGACGUGCAAAACACGAUAAAGGACGUGAUAAACACCGUGCAGAGGUAAAGCCACACCGAGCUGGCUGAAAAAUCAAAACGAGCACAUCUUCCCCUGCGAGUUGUUCCCGCGCUCCUUCGCUCUCCUCCUGUGAUGUAUCCUGAUCGCAGAAGUCACAUCAGUCUCGUCCCUCCUAUCUCUCUCUCUCUCUCUCUUUCUCUCUCUAUCUCGUCGCAUCCACAUGUGGGCGUAUAGUAUACAUAAAUAUAUAUAUAUAAAUAUAUAUCUAAGUCACUAAAUAAGGUUUUAUCAAGGAAUGAAAUCUUUGGAAGCAUAGCAGUUAAUCUACGAGCGAACACGAAUAAGAGUGAAUUUAAUGUGAAUAAGUCUUUAAUCGAUAAUACGACUUUACGACUGCAUGAUUGUUAGGGGGAAUUAAUCCAAAGUUGCAUUAGUCGUGCCGGUAUACACUUCUUGACACGCGCUGUUACAUAAAGGACACACACGUGACGUAUACAUCAACUCGGGCGGAAUCCCAUGCAUCAAAUUCUACAAGUUCGUAUAUAUUUACAUCUCACCGCCUGGAUAUUACUCGUGCGGUUUUUUUUUGAAAGAUCUUUAGGAGACCGCUGUGAUCAGCGUGCAAUUCACGGGCCUGACAGAAAUAAGACGGCCUUAACAUGAGAAGAAAACGUAUACACCAUUGCAUGAAUUGAAUUAUGUCGACACGCAUGACGGUUUUCAUAUACGAAUAGUAAAUGUGAUGAUUAUAGUUACUAUAUGGAAUAAUCCGAUCACGCAAAUUCUCAGUAGUAUAUAAUCGGCGUAUUUGGCAUACGAAUGGGAGCAUAUUGAACGCGCGAAGGUGAGAGAGUCGUCACGGGCGCGGAAAUAUCGACAUGCUAAACUCUAUAUCCUCGAGUCGCUUACGUAUUGCGAUAUAUAUAAAUCGUUUCGUUUUACAUGUAAUUUUAUACACACGUGCUUAGUAUAUACAUAUAUAUUAUUAUACGCGAGAUUUUUAGACUAGACUAUAUAAAUACGGACAACACACAACCUAAGCGUAAGAGCCGUUUCAUGUGUACUGUGGGACAAUAUAAACGAUUUUGUAUUUGUAUAGAGUAAGUUGGGUAUAACAGCUAUAUACACACGCGCGCGCGGUAAUCGAUUAUGCCUACACAUAAAAUUAUUUAAACAAGCAAAAUCGAAUGUAAUUAAUCAAACAAUUUUUGAAUGUUGUGUGCUUCGUUUUUAUCCAUGAUGGUAUGGAAAUCAUGAUGAUAUGGUUCUUCCAAAAAGCACAAUAGCGGAAAUAUUCGCCUGAAGACAUCCAUGUGGACCGUGAACGCGAUUCAAUAACAAUUAAUUUAUGGGAAGUGCAUCUUAAUCGAUAGACAUGCAAUGUCGGAACGAAGAGUGAGAGCCGGAACAAAGUAACGGACAAAUAAUAAUAUACGAUACGUAUUAUCUGUGUCUUUGUACAGUAUUCACGCUAUCAUAUGCAACGGAAGGUUUUUAAAUAUCAUGCAUUUGUUACUCGCACUUAUUCUUUCGUAUUACGAUUCAUAUAUUUCGCGUACGUUUUACAUUUUUUAGAUAAAGAAACAAAGAAAUGAAUAAGCUUUAGUAUUAUAUACGCAGUUAAAUUUCUGUUGUUUAUGACGAUGUAAUGUUACAAAGUUCCACGCGGAUGCUCAUUAGCGUCGGCUGUACGAACAAAAGUAAGCUAAGUUUCAUAGUUAUUACAUCGACUGUAAAACUAUUGACCCCCAUACACCCCUUCUCCCCUCCCCACUCCCACCUCGAUAGUACACCGAAUUGAUUUUGGAACUGGAAGUUUUCAGGCUUAUACUUCGUUCGGCUUGUGCUCGAUACUAAAGGAAAAUGCAAUAGAUACAGGAAAUAAGUCACCGAUGAACCUAUUUCUUAUGACACUGCCUAUAUCAUACGUUACAGCUAGUAGUAUACAUAUUGAAUUCACUAGUAGUCUUAAUCAUGUAAAUGUAUUUCUCUUCUUUCGAAUUCAACCCAAGUUUCUUUAUAUAUGUUUUGUACCUGUGAUAAACUAAUCAAGCCUUCUUCUUUCUCUUCUUUGCAUCAAAAGAAUCAUGCUCAACAAGAAACAGUAAUAGUUAUAUGAAUUAAAUUUUAGUCACCGGACGUUUAUUCGAAUAAAAUUGUAUUAUUGAAAGAGAUACUAAAAUUAAUGUUUUAUAUAAUGUGUAUUAUAGUAAUUUUAUGUCUAUUUAUAUACUCUAUCGUAUUUAUUUCUAAUUUUUUGAAAUGUAAAAUUACUCUCUUCAAGAAUCGACCAACGUACUGAUUUUACUAAUACAAAAUUUUAAUAUUGCUUUAUACAUUGAUAUAAGAUUGAAAAGCAAAAAUAAAAAUAAUUAUCGAAUUAUGUUGUUUUUUUUUCCAAUUUGAAUGACUCGUGACUUUGACCUAAACAGCAAUUUGCAACGUGCACAGAAUUGUACUUAAUUUGGCUAUAUUACACUAUCGUAAACAAGUGAUAUAACAUCGUGUUGGUUUUACAUAUAUACAUUUAGUAUACUUCAAUACAAAAGUAGAACAAUAAAUUAUCACAAAUUAUCAUAUAUCACAUAAUAACAGUUACAAUUAUAACAGUCUAAUUAUUGUUUUAUCAAAUUUAAACUUGUUACUGUAAUAGUUCUAGAGUUCUAUAAAGCGAAAACAGUUGUUUACAAUUUUCCAUUUGCUAUCCAUGGCUGUGACCAGGAAGGUUUGAUUGAACAUUUUGAAGCUCUUCUUGUACUUUACUUGGCCAACGAUUUUGAUUAGAAACAUUAACUGGUUGUCUUCCUCUGAAUCUAUUUGCAAAAAGUAAUAUACUUUCAUAUUUCGAUAAAAUCAUCCAUAGCAUUUUAUACAAUGUUAUAAAUGCGAGGAUAAAUUUAACAAACUUUGAGUAUCAUUGCGAGACAAAUAGUGAAAUAAAAACAGAUAUUUUAACACGCAAGUAUUGAAAUAUAAGAGACUUCGUUUAGGCGCGACGAAAAAUCCAAGCCAAAAUCUAAGCCACAAAAAUUAAAAUACAGAAUGAAAUGUAAUAGAGAGAUUUAAUAUUUUCAAAGAUUUCUACUUGUCUGAUAUUUUUAUAGUCAAGAGAGUGCAAGAGUGCGAUUAUAUUAGUAUUUACCUAUGAUUGGCUGAGCAUCAAGAGUAUAAGUGACGUGUUCUGAAGAUGGCAAAUCUAGCCAAAACUUUUGUAUAUUGUCUUUGCCAACUAUGCAAUUUCUGUUUCACACCAGGGUUGUGUUAUUUAGGUACAUUUUCAAGAUUGUCUGAAGUUACACACCUACAGUUAAUGCAAUAUAAUCAAGGAAAAGAGGGAAUAUGUUUGGUAGUACUAUUGUUCUAUACACAUUCUAUACUUGCUUCUCUCUGUUUGUCUAAAUACUUGUAGUACAAUUUUGUAAAUUUCUAAGUAAUUUGACAAGCCAACUCGAUUUGAUUAGCUCGUAAGGUCUGCGAAAGUGAACAUAGAUAUAAGAAACCAUGGUGUAAUCAAAUAUAUAAUCAAAUAUUAAAAAUAUAUAUGUGUGUGUGUGUGUAUGUGUGUGUGUAUAAUGCAUUGCAUAACUAUCACACUCAAACGCUUUCAGAAGUUUUAACUUCAUAAAAAUACAAUUGCUGGAAGGAUAAGUAUCAGCAAUUUAUUUAUCAUAUCGUUAGCUAUAUAUUUUAAUAACAUAAAAAUUAAUAUUAAUGUAAUAUACAGAUCUAGGUAUAAUCGAUUAGCAAGUAAGCUAGUUUUUCUGUAAAUUGUAACAGUUUGGUUCAUUGUUAGUUCUAAUGAAUAGUUUUUUCUUCAAAUCAUUGAAUGUAAUAUAUACAAACGUGUUACAUCUUGACAAUUAACACUGUUAAUUAUCAAAGUUACAUGUGUCAGGUAUGUGUGAUACAUUUCGGAUUACUCAAUUUUGUUUCAUUUACUCUUUGAAUUUCUAUUUUUUUUUUUUAUUCUUAAUCUCUUUACCCUUGGUAUCUGGAAACAUGUAUGUGUAUGCAGUGUGUAUUGCAUAAGCUCAUUUAAUGCACUGACAGCUUAUAUACAGGUGAUUUUAUUUACUCAACUAAAAACAUCAUUAAUUUUGACAGUAUAAAACUAAUUUAUUCACUCAAUUAAAAACAAUAUCAUUAAUUCAUUCUAACAGUGUGAAACUAAUAAAAUGUAGGUCUCUAUUUAAAUAAGAUUCUAUAAUUUUGUCUCUUAUGAGAUUCUAAAAAAUACAUUUGUGGAUUUUAGAUACAGCAAUGAUGCCGCAUAAGCAUGAACUGGUAAGACUCUCGAGUGAAUUCAGCGUGAUAAUAAACAUGUUAAUUGACACCUUUCAUGCCAUGUCGUUUCUGCGCAUUUUUGUAUAGUACUAAUCAAUAUUUUGGACGUAAUUAGAUAUACAAUGUCAUGAAUUGAAGUAAAAAUGUGUUGAUGAGAAAUGAA